CGUGCGGUGCCUGUGAAUUUAGUUAUUCUUAUGAUGAAGUAUUUGGAGUUGGUUGUGUUUGCGUUAUUUAUAAACAAUGGGGUUACUGCAAGGGACAGUUUUACGACCAAUUUUAUUAAACAUUACAUUCUUAAUGAAGAAACGCCAACUCAAACAAUAUUUUGGGAUCUGUGUUGGGACACGAGUACUGUGGUGAAAUUAGUGAAUGAAUUAUCUAAAGCUGGGUUUAGGUCUUCAACAUUAAUGGGCAACAAUGCUCCUGAUUAUUUAUUGCACAAUGUGCUUUUUCUUGUCGAUUAUAACUGCCCAAAUAUUGCCGAUAUUAUUUUCACUGGCACAAGGAAAAAACUUUUCAGCUCUCCUUUUCGAUGGCUGGUCUUAUCAGGUACAAAUAUUAAUCAGACCAGUCUAGAUCUUCUUAUGGAUUGUCCUUUAUUGCCAAACAGUGAUGUGGUGUUAGCUGAAAGGGACGACCAUGGGUACAAAAUGAGUGAACUCCAUAGAUCUUCAUCCUCUCAACCAAUGAUAAAAACUCCAAGAGGAUAUUUCAAUGGAACUUUUAUCGACACUAGACCCCAUAGAGAGCUUUUCCGAAGACGAAGGGACGUUAUGGGACACCCUCUGACCAUGGCUAAUGUGAUUCAAGAUAGCAACACGACUCAAUACCAUCUGCCAAGGGAAAACAGAUUGGAACUCCAAUUCGACUCGAUCGCAAAGAUUUGCUGGAUGGAUGUGAAGCUAGCUUUUCAAAUGCUUAACGCCACUCCUCGGUACAUCUUCAGCCACCGAUGGGGAUACAAGCAGAACGGGCAGUGGUCGGGCAUGAUAAACGAUCUUCACACUGGAAAGGCUGAUUUGGGUACCAACUGCAUGAUCAACGACAAAGAACGCCUAGACGUGGUUACUUACACAGACAUGAUGGCACCGUUCAGAGUUCGGUUCAUAUUCCGCCAGCCUCCUCUCUCCUACGUGUCCAAUAUCUUCUCUCUCCCUUUCUCAACCAGUGUGUGGGUAGCCAUUAUUGUUUGUGCCGUAGUAUCUACCGUUACUCUGUAUUUGGCUAGCAAAUGGGAGGCCAAUCUCGGGGCGGGCCCUUCCCAAUUGGACGGAAGUAUCGGCGAUGCUCUACUAUUGACAAUGAGUGCUGUCAGCCAACAAGGGUGCUUUUUGGAACCAAGGCGGAUUUCAGGUCGCGUCACGGCAUGGGUGUUCUUUGCCGCCCUAAUGGCGCUGUACGCAGCAUACUCAGCUAAUAUCGUGGUGCUGCUACAAGCGCCUUCCAACUCCAUCAAGACGCUAUCCCAGCUGGCUGCCUCGAAGGUCACGUUGGCUGCCAAUGAUGUGGACUACAACCACUUUGUCUUUAGUCUUUACAAUGAUCCUGUUCACGUUACUAUUUACAAGAAAGUGGAUCCAGAGAAGGGAAAAGGCCAAUUUUACGAUAUCAACGAAGGUGUCGAAAGAAUAAGACAGGGUCUUUUCGCGUUCCACUCGAUCGUGGAGCCAGUCUACCGGCGCAUCGAAGACACCUUCCUGGAGACUGAGAAGUGUGACUUGGCGGAGGUCGAUUUCAUGAACGGGUUCGACCCCUUCGUGCCCGUGAGGAAAGAUUCCCCUUAUCUGGAGUUGCUGAGGGUCGCCUUCAAGCAAAUCCGCGAGGCUGGUCUUCAGUCCGCGCUGGUCAGACGCAUGCAGGUCCCUAAACCGGGCUGCGCUCACAAGGUGUCCGCUUUCAGCAGCGUGGGAAUUCUGGAUCUAAAGCCAGUACUGCUGUUUAUGCUGUACGGGACAGCUGCUUCGGUGGCUAUAUUGGUGCUCGAAAUACUGACGUUUAAAUUGUCCACUCGUAAUGCGGGUUCGAUUUCGCGAAAGACGCACAAAUAACUGCUUUUAUCAAGAUUAACGCCCGUAUUCACAAACAUUACUAUGAGGUCUCACAGUGCGCGUGGACGCACAGGAUGACACACGAACCCAUCACAGAGCUCUAUUCAAUGAUGUGCGUUCGAUUUGCUGCUUCACUUAAGCAAGCAUCGUUUGUGAAUACGGGCGUAAGUAUUCCCCACAGCAACGUCAGUCUUUCAAAAAAAUCAAAAAUAUUUAUUUAGACCACAAGUGGCACUUAUGAACUAUAUGAACGUCAAAAUAUAGUAAAUAAAAUUAAAAAAAAGGUAGCCCUUAUUUGGACCUCAAUCUAAAAUUGAUUUAUUUAUUCAUGAAUAGAACGGUAGUACCAAUUAUUAUUAUUCUCAUUCAUUUUUAAGUCUAGAAUAUAGUGACAAUAAAUCGCACUUCAUAUUAUUAAGUAGUUAUAGGUAAUGUGAAAAUAAUAAAUAAAACGUAAAUUCGCAUUUGGAAAUAUUUAUUUCAGAACCGCCGAAAACUUAACCUAGUGCAUAAUUUAACAUAAAAUAAGUAGUUCCCUGCACAAUACUCACAAGUAAAAGCAUUAGGUACGAGUAGGACGACUUAUCUAGUGGUGGGUGAAUGGUUGCCACCGUAUUAACAACUUUAGGCUGUUGAAAUAAGAUUCAAAAUGAAUGAAUAAUGGGUUGAACAUGUAAGAAGGAUUUGCUCUUAAAUGCAUAGAAAUGCAUGAUACU